GCGCAUAAAUAAAUAAAGUUAUCGCCUGCUCGUUUUACAUUUUAGCUGCGGUUGUGUUUUUUUUUUUCAAUUUAAUUACCGUGAAAUGUAAAUAUGAAGUGGAAUCUCGUUGCAUAUGCCAGCACAAUAUCGAAUCUACUGCGAAUUCCCCGAAUUGGAUGAGAACAAACGCAACGCAAAGGCCCCCACCGAUCCAGUUGAGGAAUAUCCGAGGCGCAUUGUGUGGAUAGAUCGGUCGACGACAACAGAGACGGGAGGGACGACAACGACAACGGCGACGGCGACGGCGACGACGACGACGACGGUGGUGUGGUGCUGAGGCGGCGCGGCGCGGUGGAACGGACGCAACACAGAAUGGAUGUUGAAAUACCUGUUUUGGCUGGAUAUCUUAAUGUUCCAACACAAACUGGAUUUUCGCUAAAUCGCAUCUCAAAAAAGAAACCAUGCAGUCGAUAUUGCCUUCUGUUCAAGGCCAGUCGCCAUGGGAUUGCCCGCCUGGAGAUGUGCGAGAACAAGGACGAUAAGAAUCCCAAGAUAUUCACGCUCGAGAAUUGUGUGAAGAUCACACAGGACCCACCGCCGGACAAGCUCAUCCACAUUGUCAAGCACAAUGGCACGCUCACCGUCAACACCAACAGCGAUGAGGAGCUUAAGGAUUGGAUCACAGCCCUCCAGACCGUCGCCUUUUGUGACACGGCAGCCGGGGGUCAUGCCGUUCAUGGCGGGGCCAUCGAGGAGGAUAACGACCUGUAUUGCAGCUCAUUUGAUGGACUGUUCAUGAUUACACUGAUACCCUCGGAGGCCUCCAUACGCUGCUGCAUUGAACCGAAGACGUACAUGCUGCAGAUGACGCCCACGGAGCUGCAACUGAAAUCGGAGGAUCUGAACGUAACGAUUGCCAUGUGGCCGUAUCGAUUCAUACGAAAGUAUGGCUACCGCGAUGGAAAGUUCACCUUCGAGGCGGGCCGUAAAUGCACCACCGGCGAGGGGGUCUUCACGCUGGAUCAUACCAAUCCACAGGAGGUAUUUCGCUGCAUGUCCGCCAAGAUGAAGUCGAUGAAGAAGCUGAUCAGCGGCGACAGCCUCAGCACGAUCGAGUGCGGCGAGAAUCAGUUUAGUGCCGCCGCUGGCAUGGAGCCGGGCUCCCGGAGCCCGUUGCCGCCAUCGCCAUCGAGCAAUCUGCAUGCUGGCGAAUUCGAAAUAAACUCCACACAGAGCUGCAUAUCGUUGCGGGGAUUCAUUAGCUCCAAUGAUUCGCUGAAUAACUUUGCGGCGAGCAAUGGCAGUGGUGGGGCGGCGGCAGCGGCUGGUGCUGGCGGUGUCGUCGCCUCGGUCACCCUCUCAGUGCCGCCCAACAGCAGCAAGCACAUUCCGAACAAGCCGCCGCGCAAGCUGGGUGGCCUGGUGUCAGUCAGCGGUCCUGGCAGCCAAAACCAUUGUGAUAAAUACAAGAAUAUUGUGAAAUAUGAACCUGUUGCCAUAACGACAUCCUCGCCCUCGGAUGCCAACGGUAAGAAUGGCGGCGGCAGUGGCUCCUCAAUGGUCAUCCUCAAGCCGCCCUCACCGGAGACCAUCACCUCGCGCUCGGGCAGCACCUCGAGCAUAUCCAGCACACCGCCGGACUUGCCGCUGCGCAACGAGAGCACCAAGCCGCUGCUGGAGCGCGAUUACGAGUGCAUCGAGAACAUAACGGAGGCAUGGCGCACACGGGGCGUCGGCGAUGUCCGACACUGCGAGCGCAUACCCUCCAUACUCUGCGACACAUCGGAUUUUGUCCGCCAGCGUUCCGUAUCGAAGCGCAAGGAACUAGCGACCCAGUCCAGUGGCAGCAACACCCCCAAGAUCAUCGACAUCGAUAUUGGGGAGGGCGUAACGUCACCGUCCCUGGCAGCGACACCAAACAACACCGUCGGUGUGCUGAUGUCCUCAUCGGACUCCAAUUACGAUCGAUUGGACUUCCUGUCGCCCAACAAUAAAACAUCCAGCGGCUACAAGACAAUCGUGAAUGUAACGCUGCCCGUUAAUCGAUUGCGCUGCAGUCCGCCGCCGCCAAAUGAAUAUGAAUUGAUUGCUAGUCCCGAUACUGAGAGCUUUCGCAAGGCCGAUGAUAGCCAUUUGGGCUAUGGGGUUUUACGUAAAUCAACGAAUGCCAAUAAUAACAAUAGCAACAACAACAACAACAUUGGAAUCUCCAGCAACAACAACAUCAACAUUAGCAGCAACAAUGCAACAACGAACAAAAGCAACAACGAAUCUGCAUUAGAUCAUCGCAGCUAUAAUGGUCUGAACUAUACGAUUGUCAGCAAACCGAAAAGAGUGUGAAAGUGUGUGGAGCUAUUAGGUGGCUGCUUCUGCUGCAGUGUGGCAAGACAAAAUAAUUGUUGUAGCUCCCUAACCUAACCCUAACUCUGCCCUCCCAUCAAAUGUGUGUGUUCAGAGCAGGGAACCGAACCGAGAGCGAUAGACAACCCCGAAUCUCUGCGUAAUAGAUACGCGUUUCCUCAACAUAUUUAUCUCCAGGGUUUAAUCCAAGCGACAGGAAGGGCUGCAACAGGCGCAAGUAUGUGUGGCUGGGAUAUUUUCCAUCCAUUUCCCCGAUAUUUUUUGCACACACAC